GUUAAUUUAAUUUACUUCUCUUUGUUUUUUUCUACUUCCUUUCUUUCUUUGUCUGUUCUGCAAACAGCCAUGACAACAUCAUCUGAAACCCCACAAUCUGGAAUGUUUAAACCAACCGGAGAUAAUGUUGACCUAGCAUGGCAGUUUAAUAGUGUAAAAGACAAGAAUAAUAGGAAGAAGGUGACAUGUGAUUUUUGUCAAGUUGAAACUAGUGGUGGAAUUACUAGAGCAAGACAACAUCAGCUAGGAAUAAGGGGAGACGUAAAAAGCUGCAGAAAAAUACCACCAGAUUGUAAGCUAUUGUUGCAGACAGAUUAUGAUGAGAAACAAGCACUAAAAGAUGGAAUAUUAAAUGAGAUGGAAGUUCAAAUUGACGAUGAUGUUAAUGAUGAUGUAGCUGAAAUAAGGAGAAUUCGAAGUGGAAAAAGGGCAAUUGAAGCCCCUUUACCGGCUGCCAAGAAGACAAAAGGUCCCUUGGAUUUAAUGUUCAUGAAAAAAGCAGAACUCAAAUUGGGGAAAGACAAGAGACAAACAAGCAUAAUUGAUACUUGUGACAAAGAAGCAAGAGCAAGAACGGUACAAUACAUUGCUCGUUUUUUUUACACAAAUGGAAUUGCUUUCAAUGUUGCAAGAUCAAAAAGCUUCAAGUUGAUGUUGGAAGCAGUUGGAAAUUACGGUCUUCAUUUGAAACCUCCAAGCUAUCAUGAGUUGAGGGUUCCACUCCUUGAAAAAGAGUUGGAAUAUACAAAGGCUUUGUUGAAUGGUCAUCAAUUGCAUCGCGCAAAAUACGGAUGCUCAAUUAUGUCAGAUGGUUGGACGGAUAGAAAGAAUAGGACUUUGAUAAAUUUCUUGGUGAAUUCCACAGCAGGAACAAUGUUUGUGAAGAGUAUUGAUGCUUCUGCCUACAUGAAGACUGGAAUUAAAAUAUUUGAGCUAUUGGACAAUUUUGUUGAGGAGAUUGGUGAACAAAAUAUUGUGCAGGUGGUUACUGACAAUGGAAGUAAUUAUGUAUUGGCUGGUAAACUACUAACUGCCAAGAGACCACACUUGUUUUGGACUCCGUGUGCUGCACAUUGUCUAGACCUGAUGUUAGAAGAUAUUGGAAAGAUUGCUAAGGUUAAAAUGGUUAUUCAAAAAGGGAUUAGUCUUGUUGGCUUCAUUUAUAACCACACAUUGGCGUUGAACAUAAUGAGGAAGAACACUGGCAAUGUUGAAUUGGUUAGACAUGGAGUCACAAGGUUUGCUACCACAUUUCUUACUUUGCAAAGAUUGCAUAAACAAAAAACCAACCUUAGAAAGAUGUUCACUUCUGAAGAAUGGUUGAAGUCCAAGGCAGCUAAUGAUCCUAAGGGAAAGAAGGCAACUCGUAUUGUACUUUUGACAUCAUUUUGGAAUGAUAUCAUCUACACUCUUAAGGUUAUGGGACCUCUUGUACAAGUGUUAAGACUUGUUGAUAAUGAGAAAAAACCUGCAAUGGGAUAUAUAUAUGCAGCAAUGAUCAAGGCCAAGGAGGAUAUUCGAAAAGCUUUCAAUGAACAAGCAAGCAAGUACAUAGAUGUAUUUGCAAUCAUUGAUGAAAGGUGGAAAUGUCAACUUCAUCAUCCAUUGCAUGCUGCAGGCUACUACCUAAAUCCGAAGUAUUUUUAUAGCAGGCCAAAAAUUGAGAAUGAUCCCAUAUUGGUGGGAGGUCUUCACUUAUGCAUCGAAAUACUUAGUGAAAGUCAUCAAAUGAGUGACAUGACUACAACACAAUUGUCAGAAUAUAAGAUUGCUAAUGGUCUCUUUGGAUUGGGUGGAGCAAUAAGACAAAGGACAACAUUAGCUCCCGCUGAGUGGUGGAAGACUUAUGGAGCACAAACUCCACUUUUGCAAUUAUUGGCCAUUAAAGUGUUGAGUUUGACAUGCAGUUCUUCAGGAUGUGAGCGUAAUUGGAGUACUUUUGAGCAUAUUCAUUCCAAGAAGAGAAGUAGACUUGAGCAUAAGAGGUUGGAAGACUUGGUUUUCGUUAAGUAUAAUCAGGCUUUGAAAGAGCGAUAUGAUUGUCGUGAUGUGAUUGAUCCAAUCGUCUUGAAUGAUGAUAAUGAUUAUAUCAAUGAAUUUGAAGUGGGAGACUUGGGGGAUGAUGGUGAACCUGUUGAAGAAUUAGUUUAUGCUGGUGAUAAUCUAACUUGGACUGAUGUUGCCAAUGCAAGUGGGGCUAAUGAGCCGGUGGUCUACACUAGGCGGGCAGCAAAAGAAAAGGCAACUGCAAGUGCAUCUAGGGCAAUAGCACAAGAAACAAUAUCAAAAGAAGUGGUGGUAGAAGAAUAUGUUGAAGAAGUUGAACCUAUUUAUGUUGAAGAUGAUGAGGAGGAGGAGAACGAAGAAUAUAUUGAAGUUGAUGGGGAAGAUGAGGAGGAAGAAGAGGAAGCAGACUAUGUUGAAGAUGAUGAUGAUUUUUCAUUCCUAUAACAUGCAUUUUAGUUUUAAUAUUUUGUUAAUUUUAUUACUCUACUAUGUUGAAGAACAUGAUGAUAUAUGGUAUCUAAAUCUAUAUUUUGAUUAAGACUAUUUGGUAUCUAAAUGUAUGUUUUGAUUUA